GUCUCAGACUCUCUCUCUCUCCUUGUUAAUUCUUUAGAAUUCUGUUUCCCGUUGGAGAUUGAAGAAACCCUUUUUCUUCAUACUCCUGAAUGGAUUUUUUUGCAGUGGGUUUCUGUUCUUAUAUCUAAAUUUCCCCUUAAAAGAUGGAAGGUUUUAGCAUUUGGUCCUUACAAGGGGACUUGUGGGUAUCUCCUCUUUUGGAAUUUGAUGUGGGUUAUUCUUAUUCCUGUAUUUCAAGAACAAAGAGAAGAUGGGUUAUUGGUCAUGCUGCAAAUCACAGAAGUUUCCAUCAGCUAUUAGUUUCAAGUUCUUUUGGGUCUCAACGUCGUUGGCAUCCAAAAUUUGAACAACGAGCAAUUGGGAAUGGAUUCAGUGAAGAGUCUUCAAACCCUAAAGAUAGUCUACUUAACAAAACUGAUGAUGAGGAGAAAGGCUGUGUUGAUGGUGGGGUACUUCCUACUAAAGAAGAAGGAGGAGGAGGAGGAGGAGGAGGCAGAGGAAGUUGUGAAUGUGAGAGAGAAGUAGUUGAAGUGAAGGAAGCACGAAUUGAUGUUCGUGCAUUGGCUUGGAGCAUACGGUUUGCUAAAACCCCUCAAGAUAUAGAAGAUGUUCUUAAGGAAUUUUCUGAGCUGCCCCCUCCUGUCUAUUCAUCAAUGAUCAGAGGUUUUGGGAAAGAGAAGAGAUUAGAGCCUGCUAUAGCUCUUGUCGAAUGGCUUAAGAGAAAGAAGAAGGAGAGCAAUGGUUUCGCUGGCCCAAAUCUUUUCAUAUAUAAUAGUCUAUUGGGUGCAAUGAAACAAUCUGAGCAGUUUGGUGAAGUGGAGAAAGUCAUGGAAGAUAUGGCAGAGGAAGGUGUGUUGCCUAAUGUUGUCACUUACAAUACUUUAAUGGCCAUUUAUUUAGAACAAGGACAGUGUCUUGAGGCCCUUAAUGUCCUCAAAGAGAUUGAAAAGAAGGGUUUUUCUCCAUCUCCAGUGUCCUAUUCAACAGCCUUGCUGGUUUAUAGAAAAAUGGAAGAUGGGAGUGGAGCCCUUAAGUUUUUUGUUGAAUUAACAGAAAAAUAUCAAAAGGGGCAGAUAGGAAAAGAUGGGGAUGCAGACUGGGAAACUGAGUUCAUUAAGCUUGAGAACUUAACCAUUCAUAUUUGCUUCCAAGUGAUGCGGCGGUGGCUUGUGAAGGGUGAUCACUUGAGCAGCAAUGUAUUGAAGCUUCUGACUGAAAUGGAUAAGGCUGGUUUGAGAUCUGGUCGGGCGGAAUACGAGCGCCUUGCUUGGGCAUGUACGCUUGAAGGUCAUUAUAUUGUGGCGAAGGAAUUGUAUAAUAGGAUUAGAGAGAGGGAGUCUGAUAUUAGUUUAUCUGUUUGCAAUCAUAUAAUAUGGUUGAUGGGCAAGGCCAAGAAAUGGUGGGCUGCUUUGGAGAUUUAUGAAGAUUUGUUAGAUAGGGGACCAAAGCCAAAUAACUUAUCACAUGAAUUAAUUGUUUCACACUUCAAUUUUCUGCUCACAGCAGCUAGGAGAAAAGGUAUUUGGAGAUGGGGUGUUAGGUUGCUUAACAAGAUGGAAGAUAAAGGCCUAAAACCAGGAAGUCGGGAAUGGAAUUCCGUUCUUGUAGCUUGUUCCAAAGCAUCAGAAACUUCAGCUGCUGUGGAGAUAUUUAGAAGGAUGGUGGAGCAAGGUGAAAAGCCUACAAUUGUUUCAUAUGGGGCACUGCUUAGUGCCCUUGAGAAAGGGAAUCUUUAUGAUGAGGCCCUUCGAGUAUGGGAACAUAUGCUUAAAAUGGGUAUUGAGCCAAAUUUGUAUGCUUACACAAUUAUGGCAUCAGUUUAUGCUGGAAAAGGAAGGUCUGAGAUGGUAGAUUCCAUCAUCCGAGAUAUGGUUUCAUCUGGUAUUGAACCAACCGUUGUUACUUUUAAUGCGAUUAUCAGUGGGUGUGCAAGGAACAGCAUGGGAAGUACUGCAUUUGAAUGGUUCCAUAGGAUGAAAGUUCAGCAUGUCUCACCAAAUGAGAUAACAUAUGAAAUGCUGAUUGAGGCUCUUGCAAAAGAUGGUAAGCCAAGACUUGCAUAUGAUCUGUAUUUGAGGGCUUUCAGUGAGGACUUACAGCUAUCUACGAAGACUUAUGAUUCUGUCAUACAAUCCUUUCGAGAUAACGGUGCAACUAUCGAUGAAAGCAUCUUAGGACCCCGUCCCGUGGAGAAGAAAAAAAAUUCAGAUAUCCCCAGUAGAGUUAUACCUUUUGAUAGAGAGGAAGUUCAUGCUCAACAAACACAAGGAAGCUGACAAAUGAUGCUGUAUUGUGCAAUCUACAAGGUGUACAUUUUGGUAAAGUAGGGGCCUCUGAGAUUGCAUUACGUUGUAAGUUGGCCCCUAAUUCAAGUACUUUGUUUCUCUGUAGACUUGUAAAAUUCUUCUUUAUUGUACCCAAACAAGAAAAACAUUCUUCUGUAAGGUUACCUCCAGCCUCCAGGACAAUAUAGAUAGAUCUCAAUAGAAUCAUAGUCCUCAGAUGAUGAGACCCUGUAUUUAUAAACAAAGUCAGAAAUUGCUGUGAUUGUAGUGGACAUGGUGCAUUGAACUACCACACAACACAUAAGUUGAGUUGAUAUUAGAUUCAAGCUUCA